AUGACAAGCGUUUCCGCAAUGCUAUGUGUUGGGAAUGGGUCUGCGUCUCUAACGUGUUUUGUUGGGAGCCGGGGGCCUUUGGCGAUCCGUGCUCAAGCUAUGCAGGCCGCCCAGGCAGUCGGGGGUCUGAUUCAUGUUUCGGAGACUUGGAUCAUGGCGGGCUCAGCAGCGCUGGCGUUGUCGGUCCCUGUUGCCUUCGGAGCCGUACGGCAGGGAAGGGUCCAAAGUGUAACCCCGGGGGACGCGCUGGUGCUCCUGAAGACCGGCGGCAAUGUGAAGCUGGUGGACGUGCGCUCCAGGUUGGAGGUGAAGAUAGAGGGCCUGCCCCUAAAGCGAGCCGCCCGCAAGGCCAAGGUCAUACACGCGCCAUUCAACGAGCUCCGGGGCGGCAAGCUGCAGCCUAGCCCCUCCUUCCUGGACGAUAUUUUGUUCGCACCCGGGGUCGAUCACGAGACCACAUUCAUCGUGCUCAGCUCUCGGGGCAGUGAGACAUGUCGCCGGGCGGCUAAGGCCGUUCCUCCCUCAGCGAUCGUCGCCGGACUUGACACGGAGGCCACGGGGGUGUUUGGAGAGGAUAGUUCCGCAGACGAUGAGGAGGACUACUACGGAGAUCUGUACGACAUGAAGGCUCGCGGCGACGCAGCUUCCGGCGGCGCGCGGCGCGGCGUGGAGGAGGUGUUUUUGGACUCCGCGGACUCCCGAGGGCUGCUGGGGAUGUUGCUGCGAGUGCCAUUCAAGCCGAAGCUUCUAGAAGUCCUGAAGCAAGGUGUGAGAGGGAGGGUUUGGUACAGGGAAGGUUGCAAGAGGUCACAGUGUGUACGUCGUAAAUCCUUCCCCCGCACAAAUCCAGCCGUGUACACGGUAGUCGUGGGGGGCUUCCUGGCGUCCGCGCUGUCCGGUUCCCGGGUGACGGUGGUGGGUCCAACCGCCGCCUUCAUUCCCAUCGUGGCGGGUGUGGCGCACGCGCACGGCGCCGCGGGGCUGGUGGCGUGUACGGGACUGGCGGGCCUUAUGUUGGUGGCGAUGGGCGCCACUGGCCUCGGUGGAAUCAUCCGAGUUAUAGGAUCCCACUCUCCAAGGCAGCUUUGGACCUACGUGCCCAAGCCCGUGGUUACGGGUUUCACGGCGGGCAUAGCCACGUACAUCUUCGGAACGCAGAUCAAGGACUUUUUGGGUCUGGGUGCUCCGGGUCGGCUGCCCGAGGGUGUGCCGGUGCCUACCGAGUUUCUUGAGAAGGUGGUUUACCUCGGCAGCCAUCUGGACGCGGCUCACGUUCCUUCCGUAGCGAUGGCUCUGGGCUGUCUGGUCUUAAUUAAGACAUGGCCCAAGGAGUGGGGAAAGGUCGUUCCCACCCCCAUCGUGGCCAUAGCCGCCGGCACUCUGGGGCUGCAGCUGCUACAGCUGCUACAACCGGGGGUGGAUCUGGGUAUUGAAACCAUUGGCAGUCAUUUCGGCGAGGGCGCCAUUCCCAGGUCCCUGCCCUCCCUGCAGUGGCCGCAGGGGCUGAGCGCCUCCGACCUGCCCGGCCUGCUGUACCCCUCCGCCACCAUCGCCAUGCUGGCCGCCAUCGAGUCGCUGUUGUGUGCGCGAGUGGCGGACACCAUGAUUGGGGAUAAACACGACUCGAACACGGAACUGAUUUCCCAGGUGGGGUGGGGUGGGGUGGCUAACAUCCGCGCUGGCGGCCGGUCCCCGGUUUCGGGGCUGGUUCACGCCGCCGCCGUGGCGGCGGUGAUCCUGGCGGCGGCGCCGCUGGCGGAGUACAUCCCCUUGCCGGCGUUGUCGGCGGUGCUGGUGGUGGUGGCGCUCAAUAUGGGCGAGUGGCACAAUUUCCAGCAGCUGCCGAAAUGGCCCGAGAACGACGCCCAUCUGUUCCUCAUCGCCUUCAGUCUCACGGUGCUGCAGUUAGAAACCUUAAUAUCGCUGUGUUAUAAGUUCCAUCGGCUUAUCUCCCCUGGGCUGCAGGAUGUUGCAGUGGCGGUGGCGUUUGGUAUGGUGAUUGCCCUCGCGGUAUUCGUACAGGACGUUUCCGCGACCAUGUACGUCCGUGCGCUGCCGCCGCGUUCCGUCGUGACGCCGCCGUACGUCGACCCCUCCACCGCAUUGCUUGAUAGUGAUGGCGCUGCUGAUGACGAGCCGUACCGCCGCCGUACGGCACCGGUACGACGAGGCAGUAGCGGCGAGGAGGAGGAAGAUCCCGUGGAAGGCCCACUCCCGUCGGUGGCGACGUCUUCGUCUUCCUCAGCCUUGGUGGCGACCGGAGGCUCCAGCGGCGGGCUGCUGGCGGCGGGGGGUCCAUUGGGCUGCGUCGUGCCGCCAGGCACUGUGUACGUCGAGGUUACUGGCUCGCUGUUGUUCGGUGCGGGGGAGGUUUUGGAGCGGGCGGUGGAGGCGGAGGGGGAGGCGACGCCCUCCAGGGAGGCCAUCCAGGUGUUGGUCCUGAACAUGUCUCAUGUGAGUGUGGUGGACGUGAGCGGUCUGGAGCUGCUGGAGGAGGUCCACCGGCGGCUGUGGGAGGCGGGUAAAACCCUGGUGCUCUGUGGCCUGACACGUCAGCCGCUGAGGAUGAUGGCGCGGGCGGGCUUCCUGGAUGAGACAAAGGACCCCACCCCACCUCCUCCCCGCCUUGGCGCUGCACCUCCCCACCUCCUACCCCCUGUUACACCCCUUACCCCCGCCUAUUUCCCCUCUUUCCUAAAAGGCUGGUCGGGAGAACGUGUGUCGCAGCGUUGA